UACUGUUGUCUGUUCUCCAAAUUCGUCCUGAAAUUCUUCAGCAAAAGUAUUAUUUUCAUCAUAAUUAUUAUUAUUAUUUUCUUCGCUAUUCGAUAAUUCUUCCACACCACUGUAAACAAUUUUAUUUUCGGCGACAGAACACAUUCUCCAACUUUACACACAAAUAUUUUAACAAUGGCUUCUGCUUAUGUUAAGUUGGUGAUGACAAAAAAAUGCUCGAAAAAGUUGUGGGAAUUUCAAAUAUAAAUUACUAAAUAAAUACAUUAUGAAAAUUGCUAUUAAUGAGAUUAAAAUCUAAAGUACCUAUUUGAUAAAUACAAUUUAAAAAAUCUGAGAUAUUUGUUAUCAUUUAGUACAAUUAAAAUAGAUUUUAUUAGAAGAGUUGGUUCCAUAAUAAAACAUGGAUUAUGAUUACAGAAAAACUAGGCCAAAAAAUCCAAGAAAAAACGCAUCUAUAUUGUCUAUUAUAACUUUCAAAUAUGUUUUUGGUUUACUAAAUAAAGGGUACAAAAAAGAUUUAAAAAACGACGAUAUCUAUGAAAUUUUACCAGAUUUUCAAUCAAAAAAGCUUGGUGAUGAACUGGAAAAAAACUGGGAAAUCGAAAAAAAGAAAACCAAAAAACCUUCUCUGUAUAGCAUUAUAUGGUCCACCUAUGGUAAAAAGUAUCUCCUUUUGGGAGCACUUAAUGUUAUUGUACAAAUAGGUUUUGUGCUUCUGAAACCUAAAGCAUUGGGUAAAUUUGUAAGUAACUUUGCUUCAAUAGAAUCCUUUAAUAAAGAAGAGGCAUUCUACUAUGGCUCCCUACUAAUUGGCAUAACUUUUUUCAAAUAUUUCUUCGACAACAACUACCAUCAAAUAUUACAAGAGUUCUCUAUACGAGUAUGUACUUCAUUCAGCUCACUAUUAUACAGAAAAUCACUCAAAUUAAGUCCCAUAGCCCUUUCUGAAAUCACCAUGGGAAAAAUAGUGACACUUAUGACGAAAGAUAUAUUCAGCUUCGAAUCAGCUAUAGGAUGUUUCAACGAAAUGUGGAACGGUUUAGUUCUUUUGAUUAUUGUAACAUACAUGAUAUAUUCUCGAAUUGGAGUGUCUGCAUUUUUUGGGAUUGGUUUUAUUUUGCUGUGUGUUCCUUUCCAAUUAUACCUUGGCAAAAAGUGCAGUGAUUUUAGAAUCAAAUGUUCCACCAAAACUGAUGAUAGAAUCCAGGUGACACAAGAGGCUCUAACAGCUAUAAAAAUUAUAAAAAUGUACACAUGGGAAUAUUUUUUCGAAAAACACGUCAAUGAUGCUAGAAAGAAAGAAAUGAUUGCUUUGACAAAAAUCUACCACCUAAAAGUAUUAUCUCUCUCCUUGGGGACAUUACUAACAAGCAUCUCAUUCUGCUUAAUGAUCGUGGCGAAUAAUUGGCUGGGCAAUGAAAUGACCGCUGAAGACGUAUAUUAUGUUAUAACAUGUUUUGGAAUGAUUCGAAUGUUUAUUACAAUUUAUAUACCACUUGGUAUCAGUCAAACUGCAGAAUUAAAAGCUUCACUGCACAGAUUGGAUGCAGUCAUGAAUGCUGAAGAAUUAGAGAGGAAUAAUAUUAAAAAUAAUAAAGCCAAUAUAGGGAAGAUUUAUAUGGAUAAUCUUGGGUUCACCAUAGGUAAUCAGGUUAUACUUGAAGAUGUCUCAAUGAGUGCUGAAACGGGAUUGAUAAUCAUCACAGGUAAUGUUGGUAGUGGAAAGUCAACUCUUCUAAAAAUUAUUCUUGGAGAAUACCCAGCAACAAAAGGUAUAUUAAACAUACAAGGAUCCAUAUCAUACGCAGGUCAAGACCCAUGGUUAUUCCCUUCCACCAUAAAGCAGAACAUACUAUUUGGUUCGGAUUUCAACGAAGAUAGAUACAAUAAAGUUAUUGCAGUCUGUGCUUUGACCCACGAUUUCAAUUUACUCGAAAAAGGUGACCAAACUAUUGUUGGUGAUAAAGGCAUUAAUCUCAGCAAAGGGCAGAAAGCCCGAAUCAGUUUGGCGAGAGCUUGUUAUAAAAACAGCAAUAUUUAUCUGUUAGAUGAUUGUCUGACAGCUUUGGACGCCAAAGUGAACAUGUACGUUUUCCAGAAGUGUUUAAAAGAGUUUCUCAGUGGAAAACUAAUUGUUUUUGUGUCUCAUAACGACUUUCACUUGAAACAUGCUGAUUAUAUCUUAACAUUGAACGGACAAUCAACAUUUGAAGCAUCAAAAAAUAGACUUAGCAGGAGAAUCACUAACUAUAUCGAUGAUGCUAAAGCCAAUUUACUGGUGGAUCCAAUAAAUGAAUUAAUUGAUGGAAAUGAAGAGGAUUCUCUUUUGGAAAAAGUUACAGAGAACAAACAGGAUUUAUACGAGGAAACCAAAAAGGAAGGGAAGGUUUCAUUAACUGUCUACAAAAAGUAUUUGAGUUACUAUGGUGGAUGCUGGGCCUUACUGUUGGUUUUCUCGUUGUUUAUAUCAGCACAAUUCAUAGUGAAUUACGCUGAAAAAUUACUAAGCAAUUGGGUAAACUUGCAAACAAAAAUAUCCCUGCUAAGAAAUAACUCCACAAUGAACUCUACUGAUAUUGAAGAAUCAAUGUUCGAGCAUAAUACAACAUUCUAUUGGUAUAUUAUGCUGACACUGUCGAUAGUUGUUUUAACAUUUACAAGAUCAGUUUUCCAUUUUUAUUUCUCAUUAAAAUCUUCGUUAAAGUUACACGAUUCAAUGGUUGGAUGUUUGAUGAACACUUACAUGUCAUUUUUUGAUUUGCACUUCAUAGGAAAUAUUAUCAAUAGAUUCUCUAGAGAUUUAUCUGCGAUUGAUGAAUAUUUACCAUAUUUAUUUUAUGAAGUAUUAAGGAUUAUUUUGUUGAUGUUUGGUAUUGUUCUUCUUAUAGCCACCGUAAAUCCAUUAUUCCUUAUAUCGGCAGGAAUUUUUGGCUGCCUAAUAUUUUUUUUGAAAUCAUACUACAUACCAACAGCUAGAAGUCUAAGACGUCUCAAUGCCUCCACUAGGAGUCCUCUCAUAGGCUACCUAAACGCCUCUUUGGAUGGUUUAAGCACCAUCAGAUCAUAUGGGACAGAAGAUAUCUUAAGAAGGGAGUUUGAUAGACAUCAAGAUUUAUUUUUCUCCAAUUCUUUCAUGAGUGUUAUGUCGCAAAGAGGUUUUGGCUUCUCGAUUGAUAUGUUUUCCACUAUAUUUAUAUCCACUUUAAUCAUGGGAUUUAUAUAUUUCGGAAAAAAUGAUAGCGCAGGCAAUGUUGGUAUGGCAGUAACCCAAGGGUUUAUGCUGACCAGCCUUCUAACUUGGUCUAUAAGACAGUUUUCUGAGUUGGAGGCUCAAUCCACCUCUAUAGAAAGGGUUCUGGAAUACACAGAUAUAAAAAGGGAAUGUAAGAAAUAUGGAAGAACGAUACCUAACUGGCCUUCCGUUGGAAAAAUAGAGUUCAUCAACGUUAAUCUCCUAUAUGAGACAACACAAAAGCAUAUAUUAAAAGACAUCAACUUCACCAUAGAAUCAAAACAAAAAAUUGGUAUUGUUGGUAGGACUGGGGCGGGAAAGUCCUCAAUUAUAUCAACAUUAUUCAGACUCUAUGAAGUCACAGGAGGAAUACGUAUAGACAACAUAGACAUAAAACAACUAAACCUAGAUUUUCUACGAUCCAGUAUAGCUAUAAUCCCUCAGGACCCCAUACUAUUCUCUGGAACAAUAAGGGUGAAUAUCGAUCCUCUCAAAAAGUUUACUGACGAUGAAAUCUGGAAGGCUAUCCGGAUAGUCGAGUUAACCAAAUUCAUACCAAGUCUAGAUUUCUACAUAACGGAAAACGGUUCAAAGUACAGUGCAGGGCAAAAACAAAUGAUCUGCUUGGCUAGAGCAUUAGUGACUAAAAAUAGAAUCAUAGUUCUUGAUGAAGCCACAGCCAACAUGGACCCAGACACAGAUAAAUUACUUCACGAUACCAUUAAAAAAUAUUUUAGCGAUAGUACGGUUCUGACGAUAGCGCAUCGCCUGAAUUCUGUUAUCAAAUCUGACAAAGUAUUGGUGGUUGACGAUGGGCAGAUCGUAGAAUUCGAUGAUCCGAAAGUACUACUGAAAAAUGAACACGGUUAUUUUUAUAAAAUGGCUAUACAAGCUGGUGUUAUCAUGAAGUCAUGA